UGAUCACGUGCUUUCUUUGAGUUUUUUGUAAUUUAGCCGUCACUCACACACGAGCGUAAUUUCUCGCGGAAUGAAUGGCUUAACGCUGAUAUAAAUCGCCCAAGCCAAAUUGGUUAUCAUUUGGUUUUACACCGAGGUAAAAUGUGUUUUAUAUUGGAUAUUUGGUUUUCCAAGCAUGCCAUGACUGACAAUUGGACAUUUUGAAUCAGGGGAGACCUUUUUGGUCUGGAAUUUGGGAGAGGAGAGAAAUAGAUUCGGAUUUCAAUCUUCAAUAGCUCUUAUUCAAAGCAGUGCCAUGAACAUGAGAUAUUCUGAAUCUACACCUUUAUUAUUAUUUUUUAUUAUUCUGAUUUCAAUAGCUCAUAAACUAAACCUACCACCAAUAUGGAAAUGAUAUAUUCUCAAUCAGGGGAGGAUGGAGAACAAUCCACACCUUAACAUUUUUCAAUUUCUGAGAAAAUUCAUAUCUUAUUUAAUAGCUCUUAAGCCAAACGUUCCAUCACUAUAAAAAAUGAUACACUGAGUAUACCAAACAUUCGGAACUCCUUCCUAGUAUUGAGUUGCACCCCCCUUUUGCCCUCAGAACAGCCUCAAUUCGUAGGGGCAUGGACUCUACGAGGUGUCGAAAGCGUUCAACCGGGAUACACUCGGGGAAAAUGUUUAGCGUAAAAAAUACAGCAGCGUUGCAGUUCUUGACAGACAAACUGGUGCGCCUGACACCUACUACCAUACCCCGUUCAAAGGAACUUAAAUAUUCAAAGGAACUUAAAUAUAAAUGUCCUGCCCAUUUCACCCUCUGAAUGGCACACAUACACAAUCCAUGUCUCAAUUGUCUCAAUGCUUAAAAAUCCUUAUUUAACUUGUCUCCUCCCCUUCAUAUACACUGAUUGGAGUGGAUUUAACAAGUGACAUCAAUAAGGGAUCAUAGUUUUCAACUGGAUUCACCUUGAUCAGUCUAUGUCAUGGAAGGAGCAGGUUUUCUUAAUGUUUUGUACACUCAGUGUAUAGUCCGAGUUAGGAUGGAGAAACAAUCAACACCUUUUAUUUUUUCAAUAAAUGAUUACACCAUUGAUUAUCCUAUAGCUCUUAAACCAAGCCUUCCAUCAGCUGUUGAAGAUUGAAAUCCGAAUAAAAAAUAUAAAAUAAAACAUUAAACAUUCAACAAAGGUGUGGAUUGUUCUCAUCCUCCCCCGAGCCUGUUAUUCGUUUAUUAACCACUAAGGGGUAGCCUAACGCUGGUGAUUAGUCUUUCUCCUUGAAAUCUAAAGUAAAUUUGGAACAUAAUUAUAACCUGAAUCAAAUCAAGUUUAUAAGGAGACAUGUAUUUACCAUCUCACAGUGAAAUUAAUUGGUAGAUUUGUUCUGUGGUUGUGUCUAGUUGUGUUCUAAAGGGAUCUUGUCAUAGUGAAGGAUUUUGGAGCUGAGCUGGAGUUGUGUUGGACCGAGUAAAAUAUGACCCCAAAAAUAUAGCGGAGGGGGUAUUCUGAAAUUAUAGGCUACUUUUCUCAAGUCUACAUUUCAAUUUUUCUCUUUUUAUUAAGCAAGAGGUUAUUCAUUUGUGUAGCAUCAUUCUACUUCACAUGUGAUUGUGGUGCACAUUUAUCAAAUUUACAAGAAUGACUUAAGGCCCUUUGACCCAUCCAUCUGUCAUAUCUCUCAGGUAAUAGUUCUAGUGCGCAUGGUCGUCCCCCACCCGUUCCAACUUGUUAUGGCAGGAAGAAGCCUAUCGUGGAAGGGUUUGAACGUUGUCACUCGGGAAAGUUAAUUUGUUCCAGUAAUGGAAAAUAAUUUGAUAUGACUGUAAUAAUGGAGUCAACAGCGAUAUAACAAAGAACAACGUGUCUUAUAGAAAAACACUUGUGGAAGUAGGAAGAACCGUAUCAUUUUUUUUUUGUACCGAGUUUUAGCCUAGCUAGCUAGCAUUACAUUAGCCAUCAGUCACUACCGCACAGACACUCAGGGAGGCACGCAAUGGUUUUUGAGGGGGGAUUACGGACGACUCUCUUUGCAACGAAAAUUGCACAACAUUUGUUGUAAUGGUAAAGUUUUGUAUGUUCCAACAACAAAGAGUCGUCAAGAGUAUCUACAAUACGUUUUCUUUCCACUGUUUGGGGGUACUUUAAAUUUCCCUCCUUUUUCAAUCCCAGGCGGAUGAAAAGGGGUUUGGGGUUGUCUAGCACCAGUUAACUAGCCAUUUGCUAAUAGUUGUAGUCAGUUCUCAAGGGUACUUAGCUAUACAUUUUUUUUUUCGUCGGAAAGGACAACUUUUGAUAACUUUGUAUCGAGGCAAAAUCGGGAUAUCACCGGGUGUGUUUGUGGAUUUAUUUUUGUUCUCCCUUUUGAGGAAAUUCUCUACACAAUGGAUCCUAAUUCAGGGAAUUCUGCCUCUGCUCCCAAAAGCAAGAAGGACAAGAAAGAAAAGAAAAACUAUGAAGAUGGAGACGGCAAAAAGAAAUUUAAACUCAAACGGCUGAUUCCUGAUGAGUUGGAGCGUUUCACCAGCAUGAGGAUGAAAAAGGACAAGGAGAAGCCUCAUGCAGCCGGGCAGCGCCACUCCAACGCUGCCCACUACGAGGUUCCUACCCAGGGGACCAUGCUGCACGACCACCCUGACGAAUACGUCCUGGAACUCUUCGAACAGAUGCUGGUGGAUAUGAACUUGAACGAGGAGAAGCAGCGGCCUCUGCGGGCGAAAGACAUCGUCAUCAAGCGAGAGAUGGUGUCUCAGUACCUCCACACGUCCAAAGCUGGUCAGAACAGGAAGGAGAGCUCCAAGUCAGCCAUGAUAUACAUCCAGGAGCUGAGGACUGAGCCCAGAGACGCACAGCUCCUGGGCUGUCUGGAAUCACUCCGGGUCUCCCUCAACAACAACCCUGUCAGCUGGGUGCAGAACUUUGGAGACGAGGGCCUGGUUCUGCUGCUCAACAUCAUGAGGAAAAUCCAGGAGGAGAAGGACGAGUACACAAACAUGGGCAUGAAGUGUCAACACGAGAUUGUGCGCUGUCUCAAAGCCUUCAUGAACAACAAGUAUGGUCUGAAGGCCAUGUUGACGUCUGCCGAGGGCAUCCCUCUGCUGGUCCGAGCCAUCAACCCCCGGGUCCCUCACAUGAUGGUGGAUGUGGUCAAACUGCUCUCGGCCAUCUGCAUCCUGGAACACCCUGACAACCUUCAUGAGCGUGUUCUGGAGGCCAUCACUGAGGAGGCAGAAAAGCAGGACAAUGAGAGGUUUCAGCCACUCCUCUUAGGUAUGAACAAGCCCAACAUCGCCUUGAAGAAUGGCUGUAUGCAGCUCAUCAACGCUCUCAUCAGUCGAGGAGAAGAGCUGGACUACAGGAUCCACAUCCGCUCAGAGCUGCUGAGACUGGGCCUGCGAGACCUGCUGACGGAUAUUCGGACCAUAGAGAAUGAUGAGCUGAGGGUGCAGCUCAGUGUUUUUGACGAGCAGGCCGAGGAUGACUCUGAUGAACUCCAGGCCCGCCUCAGCGACGUGCGCAUCGAGAUGGAUGAUGUGACCGAGGUGUUCCAGAUCCUGAUGAACACGGUCAAAGACUCCAAGGCCGAAACACACUUCCUGUCUCUGAUGCAGCACCUGCUGCUGGUUCGCAACGACUACAUGGUCAGGCCCCAGUACUACAAGCUGAUAGAUGAGUGUAUAGCUCAGAUCGUGUUGCACAGGAACGGAGCCGACCCAGACUUCAAGUGCCGUAAUCUCAGCCUGGACGUUGAGGGGUUAAUUGACAACAUGGUGGACAAGACCAAGGUGCAGAGCAGUGAGGCCAAGGCCAUAGAGCUGGAGAAGAAGCUGAAUGCGGAGCUGACGGCGCGCCAUGAGCUGCAGGCGGAGCUGAAGAAGAUGGAGGGAGACUAUGAACAGAGAGUCCAGGAGCUGGCCGCUGAGAAGGAGAUUCUGGGCUCUGAGAAGCAGGCGAGAGAGGGCGAGAAUCAGACCUUACUGGGACAGAUCAACACGUUCAAAGAACAGAUAGAGACGCUCAAUAAGGAUCUGGAGGAGGCCAAGACCAGAGUCGUCACGGUCCAUGUCCCAGUUGGCCCUGCUCCUCCCACUGCCCCCCCUCUCCCAGGCACACCUCUCCUCCCAGGGCAAGCUAGGAUGCCCGUGCCCCCUCCUCCACCCCUACCCGGCCAAUCAUUCCUCCCUUCCCCACCUCCCCCUCCUCCCCUACCAGGGAUGCCCGGCCCCCCUCCGCCACCACCCCUACCAGGGAUGCCCGGCCCCCCUCCGCCACCACCCCUUCCAGGGAUGCCCGGCCCCCCUCCGCCACCACCCCUUCCAGGGAUGCCCGGCCCCCCUCCGCCACCACCCCUUCCAGGGAUGCCCGGCCCCCCUCCGCCACCACCCCUACCAGGGAUGCCCGGCCCCCCUCCUCCCCUCCCUGGUGGUCCUGGCAUGCCCCCUCCACCCCCUCCUGCACCUGGCAUGGGCAUGCCCCCUCCUCCUCCUGGUAUGGGGGGCUGGGGAGCCCCUGUGCCACCCCCUCUGCCCUUUGGCCUGUCGCCCAAGAAGGAGUACAAGCCUGAGGUGCAGCUGAAGAGAGCCAACUGGAGCAAGAUUGGAUAUGAGGAUCUGUCUGAGAAGAGUUUCUGGACAAAGGCCAACGAGGAUCGCUAUGAGAACAACGAGCUCUUUGCCAAACUCACCCUGGCCUUCUCCUCCCAGACCAAGACCUCCAAAGGUAAGAACACAUACAUUGUGUUGCGUGCCAGGACUGUUGUGUGUGUGUGUGUGUGUGUGUGUGCGUUCUAACGAGCUCUGCUGCUGCUUGUCAGGGACUGUGUGCGUACUGGCUGUGAGUUGUCUCAUUCUCCAUGAGACGGUGUGCUCCCUAGGUGAGAAGGA